AUGAGUGUUCAGAUUUUUGGUGACCAGGUUACAGAGGAAAGAGCUGAAAAUGCUCGUAUGUCUGCUUUUGUCGGAGCAAUUGCUGUGGGAGACCUUGUAAAGACGACUUUGGGGCCAAAGGGAAUGGACAAACUACUGCAGAGUGCCAGUAGUGGAUCUUCAAUGGUAACCAACGAUGGGGCUACCAUUCUAAAAGCUAUUCCACUCGACAAUCCAGCUGCAAAAGUGCUGGUGAACAUUAGUAAAGUCCAGGAUGACGAGGUUGGGGACGGUACCACCAGUGUUACAGUUUUGAGUGCUGAAUUAUUGAGAGAAGCUGAAAAACUCAUCGACCAAGGAAAGAUACAUCCGCAGACAAUCAUUGAGGGUUUCAGAAUAGCCUCAAAAGCUGCUUUAGAUGCCCUAGAGAAGACUGCAGUGGAUCAUUCUGGCAACAAAGAAAGCUUUUUCCAGGAUCUGGUUUCCAUAGCGAAGACUACUCUAUCAUCCAAAAUCUUGUCUCAGGAUAAGGACCAUUUUUCGAAACUCGCUGCCGACUCCAUCAUGAGACUUGGAGGCUCGGUCGAUUUGGAGCAUAUACAGGUGUUGAAAAUUAUUGGUGGUAGGUUAUCUGAUUCCUUUUUGGACGAAGGUUUUAUACUGCCCAAAAGAUUUGGUAAUAACCAACCCAAGCGCGUGGAAAACGCCAAGAUUCUAAUCGCUAACACCUCCUUGGACACAGAUAAGGUCAAGGUUUUUGGUGCGAAAUUCAAGGUUGACUCUACCUCAAAGCUAGCUCAAUUGGAAAAGGCGGAGAAGGCCAAAAUGAAGAAUAAAAUUGAUAAGAUCUCAAAGUUUGGUAUCAACACGUUCAUCAAUAGACAGCUCAUCUACGACUACCCUGAACAGCUAUUCAGUGACUUGGGCAUCAAUUCCAUCGAGCAUGCAGACUUUGAAGGUGUUGAAAGGCUAGCUCUUGUCACCGGAGGUGAAGUGGUCUCGACUUUCGACAACCCUGAGAAGUGCAAACUUGGUGAGUGUGACUUGAUAGAAGAGGUAAUGAUUGGAGAAGAAACUUUUACCAAAUUCAGUGGAUGCAAGGCUGGGGAAGCUUGCACCAUUGUGUUAAGAGGUGCAACUGAUCAAGUGCUAGAUGAAGCCGAGAGAUCUCUACAUGACGCUUUGUCUGUACUAUCACAAACGACUAAGGAAACUAGAACUGUUCUAGGCGGUGGAUGUGCCGAAAUGAUAAUGUCCAAGGCAGUCGACACAGCUGCACAAAAUGUUGAUGGUAAGAAAUCGUUUGCUGUGGAAGCGUUUGGUCGUGCCUUGAGACAGCUGCCAACAAUUUUGGCGGAUAAUGCUGGUUAUGACAGUAGUGAGCUCGUGUCUAAGUUGAGAUCUUCAAUAUAUGGCGGUAUUACCACCUCGGGUCUCAAUUUGAACGACGGAAGUAUCGCUGAUAUGAGAGAGCUGGGUAUUGUCGAGAGUUACAAGCUGAAAAGAGCCGUUGUAAAUUCUGCAUCAGAGGCAGCUGAAGUACUAUUGAGGGUGGACAAUAUCAUCCGUGCUAAGCCAAGAACUGCGAACAGACAGCAUAUGUAA